ACCAGCAACGCCAAGUUGAAGCAUGUUUUCUUGAUUUUUACCGGGUAAAAUGUAUUUAAUUAUAUAACCCAGAGGCAUUUGCAAUGGAUCCUGUUGACACCACCAAGCGGAAGCCCAGACGCACCCACGGCACACCAUCCUUUACGUACCGCAAUCGAUUUGCCUACGCCCUGUUGGCCGGUGGAUCACUUUUAUUCGGAAUUUGGAGUUUAACGCCCAUUCAGCGUAUUGCCAACGAAAAGUUGUCCCAGGCGGUGGCUCAAACGGAACAGGAGCGCGACAGGAAGGGACUCUUCGACUUUGGCGCCCCGAGGACUGCGAAAUUCAUCGAGGAGGCGCUCAAGGAGAGCGAGGAGCAGAGGAAUCUAUAAUGGAUCGCAAGACGCGGCGGGCGAACUUUAAAAACCUGCAGCCUCGGUAACUUUAAUUCUUGUUCAGCUUGUUCAUCAAUAAAAUGUUUGUAGUUCUCUAACCAAA